AUGGCAAACAUACAAGAAAUCCGUGUCAGGCCCCUGACCGCUGCAAUUGGAAGCCAGGAUGAGAUUUUUCAGCUAUCCGACUUAGACCAUCUCAUGCCCAAGCUCUACGUGCACAUGGUCGAGAUCUUUGAGCUGCCAAAACACGCCGACAGAACCACCAUUGUCAGCAAUCUCGUCAAAGGCCUGGAACGUACUCUUGUCGACUACCCUAUCCUGACGGGAACUCUACACUUUGACAAUGAGGCACGGCGUAUUGUGGUAAAGAAGCAACCAAGCUCAUCCCUUGGCUUGUACGUCAAAGAGGCGACCGACAACGACAUUCCCUCCUUCGCCGUGCUUGAUAAAUAUGAUUUCCCCGUACAUCUUCUUGAUUCGCCAAAGGUUUUACCCUCACUGUUUGUCGCUGAGCAUUGGAACCCCGUACCUGGAAAUGACAUCUCAAGUGACGGCCCUGCAGUUGCAGGUGCACAGGUCACUUUCAUUGAUGGCGGUCUUAUUCUCGGUCUUGCCAUCCCGCAUCAAGUGUGCGAUGGACCCGGUUUCGAGCGUCUCCUUACGACAUGGGCGCGGUACGCAUCCGCCGCCAUCAAUGGGGCGGCCAUCAACGACCUCGCCAGCUCGGCAUCCCAAGUUCCCAGUCGCAGUAUCCUGGCAGCAAAGAGCAAGCCUAGCCUCAGCCUAGAGGACCUACAGAAGCUCGGCGACAAGUUCCCUACCAUAAAGGCACGCGACGGCCCCCCGGCUCCGCCGCCGGCAGACUUCAAGAUGCCCGUUGUCAAGACGCGCGUUUGGCACUUCCCUAAGAGCAAAUUGCAGUUACUGAAAGCACAGUGCAGUAAAGGACUUGAGAGCGGCACCUGGAUCUCGACAUAUGAUGCCAUCCUCGCUAUAAUGUGGCGGGCUACCGUACGGGCGAAGUCGCCGCUUUUGAACCCGGACCCCAGCGCGCCGUCCAAAGCUGUCCAUGCCGUCAACGGCCGCGGCCGCGCCGACCCGCCCAUCAGCGAUCGUUACAUCGGUGCCGUCAUUACUCUGCCGCAGUCCAAGGUCCUGACAAUCGCGGAGGUACUCGGUGACUUGGAGGCGACUUUGCCCGUCUUAGCCGGUACCGUCCGCGCUAGCACCGCUUCCAUCACAUCCGAGUAUCUCGACGACCUAGUCAAGUUUGCCGCCGGCUCUCAUGAUCUCCGCUGGGUUGAGCUGGAAAUGAACUGGAUUUUGGGCCUCGACUGCAUGGCCUUCGACUGGCACACCAUGAAGUCGUACCGGGACCACAACUUCGGCUUUGGCGGGCCGGCAGCGCUGCGGUGGCCCCAUCCUGGUUUUGAGGGCUUCUUCUUCGUACUUCCGACAAGGGCGAAUGUGAGAAAUGCCGGCGAGGAUGAAGGCAUUGAGGUCUGCUUUGGGUUGGAGGAGAAUUGCUAUGCAGAGCUGGAAAAAGAUGAGGAGUUUGCAAGGUAUGCUGAGCAGAGAGGCUUAGGAAUAUAA